AUGCCUCCACCAGUUGCAGUCACAGAGCUGGGACCGACCGUGAUAGGUGUUAUGUGGAUGGAAACCAUUGUCACGCUUAUCUUGAUCAUCAUGAGGCUGUAUUGUCGAGCAUACCUGAUGACGGGGCGUGUUGGGUGGGAUGACUGGCUCAUGGCUGCGUCUUGGGUCUUCCUAGUCGGCUAUACUUCGACCUGCACGGCAGCAACAAGAUGGGGAUUCGGUCGGCACAUGGGCGAGCUGUCGUUUGAGCAAUUCGCAGUCGCCAACCUCCUCGAGAUAUGCGGCCAAACCUGCUAUCUGGUCGCUAUGGUCUUGAGCAAAGGCAGCGUUGCCGCUUUCCUGGUGCGAAUCACGCCGGUCCUAUGGCACAGGGUGACGCUUUGGGUGAUCAUGGCCGGGUUCACAAUCAUCGCCUUCCUCUGCGCACUCCUCAACUGGCUGCAGUGCUUCCCGACCGCGUUUGUCUGGGACAAGACGGUCAAAGGAGGACAUUGCUGGAUGAGCAUCACACCCGUCGCGUUGACCGCCGGCGGAGUGUCUUGCUUCGUCGACUUCGCCUUUGCCGCCUUCCCCUGGCAGAUCGUCUACAAGCUCAACAUGCCUAAGCGCGAGAAGCUCAACAUCGCGCUCGCGCUCUCCCUCGGCGUCUUUGCCGGUAUCUGCGGAAUUAUCCGUACGUACGAGCUGCAAGGGCUCAGUGCCGUCGAUUACUCCUACGACACUGUGCCAUUGGUCCUCUGGGCCGCCUCGGAGCUGGCCAUCACCAUCAUCUGCGCCAACAUCCCGCUCCUCCAGCCCUUGAUUCGCAAAGUGCGAGGGCAGUCGACUCUGCACUCAGAUCAUAGCCCUGCCUCCUAUCCGUCGCAACCCACGAUCGGCGGCGGGCGGAAGAAAUCUGGAAGCAACGGCAAGAUGUUUGGUUCGGACAGUGUCACGGAGCUGCAGGAUACAGGUGCUCUGAGAUCCGACCUUGGCGCGGAAAGAGGGCGUGGCAACACAAAGACCUCUGUUGGCCACUCGAUGCCGAGGAGUGGUAGCGAUGAAAGCAUACUGCGCGAAGCGAGGGAGGGUCAUAUCUACGUUCGCGAGGAUGUAUCGGUGUCUCGGAAGUGA